AUGGAAAGGGAGCAAGCCAUGAAUGUCUCUUCUCAAGGUUGGAAGGCCGUUGCUGAAAUUGGGAGUGGCCUAAGGGGAGCAAUGAGAAGAAAGAGAGGGAGGCCCAGGAAGUAUGUACCAGGUAUGGCAUCAAACUAUGCAGCUGAUGCUGCUGCCAUGGAUGCAUUUCCAUUGCCCAGGAGAGGGAGUGGAAGGCCUUCUGGUUCUGGAAGUAGACAACGGUUGAGUUCUCCUGGGAAUUCGGUCACUGGGCCAGUUGGAAUAGGUCUCAUGAAUUCAUACAUGAUCAUCAUUGAUGUUGGGGAGAAUAUUGCAGAAAAGAUAAUAUCUUUUACUGAAGAGGGUCCAAAGCAUUUAUGCAUCAUAUCAGUGAACGUUUCUGUCUCCUCCGCCACUCUUCGCCGUCCUUCUACUGCCGGUGGUGUUGUCACUUAUGAGGUUCAGUACAAAACUGUAUAA